AUGGGCUGCCAGACAAGCAAGGCAGCCGCAGCGCCGAAGGCUCCCCUUGCCGUGACGGAGGCGCCCGCGGAUUCCAAGGCCUCCACGGAAGCCCCGACGGAGGAGGUGGCUGAGAGAGCCUCCGGCUCCUCUGCCUCGGACGCUCUGGAGGAGACGAAAGCGGUGCUGGAAUCCGCCGCGGCAGCCGCUGAGAAGGCGAAGGAGGACCUCGAAGAGGUCAAGCAAGCGGUGAGCAAGGAGGGGGACGUCAAGGAGGAAGCGGCGGACGCGACUGAAUCGGUGAAGUUGCAGCUGAAAGGCCUGAAGGAGGAGGUCGCCGAUGUUCCGGCGGUGGUGGAAACUGCGUUGCAGGGCGAGGCCAAGCAGCCUACCUGCAACCUCUUCGCGAUGUGCGGUGCUUGA